AUGGAUUUCUCCAAGUUCUUUUCAGUUAUUUUAUUAGCUUGCUGUCUUUGUAUGACAUGCAACAACAAUGCCGUCGUCAAAGCCUCUCACAGGAUUUAUCCAGAGUUUCAGUCUUUCCAAGCUAAGAAGGUAAUGAAACUUCACAGAACAGGGUUUCAUUUUCAGCCUCCUAGGAACUGGAUUAACGAUCCAAAUGCACCCAUGUUCUUCAACGGAAUCUACCAUCUAUUCUACCAAUACAAUCCGAAAGGUGCAGUGUGGGGCAACAUUGUUUGGGCCCAUUCAGUAUCAACGGACAUGAUCAACUGGGAAGCACUAGAUCCUGCCAUAUACCCGACCAAACCGUUUGAUAUAAACGGGUGCUGGUCCGGAUCUGCCACAAUCCUCCCGGGAAACAAGCCCGUCAUUCUCUACACCGGAGUCGACACCCAAAACCGUCAAGUCCAAAACUACGCCAUCCCAGCAAACUACUCCGACCCAUAUCUCCGCGAAUGGGUAAAGCCCGACAACAACCCCUUGGUGGUUCCCGGUGUGGGGAUGAACGCGACUGCCUUCCGUGACCCGACAACUGCUUGGCAGGGCAAAGAUGGGCAAUGGAGGAUUUUAGUGGGUAGCAAAGGGAUGCAUGUGGGUAGCAAAGGGAAGCAUGCAGGCAUAGCAUUCUUGUACAGGAGUAAGGACUUUGUGAAUUGGGUUCAGGCUCGUUACCCUCUACAUUCAUCAGCUCAUACGGGUAUGUGGGAAUGCCCAGAUUUUUUCCCGGUUUCGUUGAAUGGGAAAGCUGGGUUGGACACUUCACUGGUUGGGAAAAAUAUGAAGCACGUGAUGAAGGUAAGUCUUGAUCUUACUAGGUACGACUACUAUACUGUUGGAACAUAUUUUCCCCGAAAAGACAGGUAUGUUCCUGAUAAUACAUCGGAUGAUGGUUGGAAUGGACUGAGAUAUGACUAUGGAAACUAUUAUGCCUCCAAGUCAUUCUUCGAUGCUGGGAAGGAUCGAAGGAUUUUGUGGGGUUGGGCAAAUGAGUCUGAUACAGCUCAAAAUGAUAACGAUAAAGGAUGGGCUGGAAUUCUGACUAUUCCGAGGAUGGUGUGGCUUGACAGUAAUAGGAAACAGUUGGUGCAAUGGCCUAUUAAGGAAUUAGAAACUCUUAGAGGGAAGAAAGUUCAGAUAAGCAAUCAACAAGUCAGAAAGGGAGAACAUAUUGAAGUCAAAGGAAUAACUGCUGCCCAGGCCGAUGUUGAAGUUACAUUCUUGUUGCCGAGCUUGGACAACGCCGAGAAAUUUGAUCCUAGUUGGGUAAAUGCACAAGAUCUCUGUGGCCUAAAGGGUUCAAAAGUUGAAGGUGGGGUUGGGCCUUUUGGGCUGUUGACACUGUCUUCAAAACAUCUAGAGGAAUAUACUCCUGUCUUCUUUAGAGUUUUCAAAGCUCCAAAUAAGCAUGUAGUUCUCAUGUGCUCUGAUGCAAGAAGUUCCUCUUUGAGGAAGAGUGGACUAUAUAAACCAUCUUUUGCAGGCUUUGUAGACGUAGAUUUAGCAGAUGGGAAGCUUUCUCUUAGGAGUUUGAUUGAUCAUUCUGUUGUGGGAAGUUUUGGAGCUGGAGGAAAAACAUGCAUCACAUCCAGGGUUUAUCCUAAACUAGCAGUCUUCAAUAAUGCUCACUUGUACGCAUUCAACAACGGGACAGGGACUGUUACCAUAGAGAGUCUCAAUGCAUGGAGCAUGAAAAAUGCACAACUGUAAUGAGGGAGAGAAGAACAAGUAUAAGCUUAUGGAAUAAUAAAUAAUCAUUAUGAUGUGAUCAUAUUAUUUAGUAUUUGUGUCCAAU